AUGGGGAAACUGAUGCUGAUGCUUUUGAUGUUUACUGUAAAACUCAUCACAUCUGACAGUGUAAAUGUGAGGUUGGUGAACGGCAAUAACCCCUGUGCUGGUCGAGUGGAGGUUCUUGGAAGUCAGUGGGGAACAGUGUGUCAACGGGGUUGGGAUGUUGCUGAUGCUGCAGUGGUGUGUAGAGAACUGGACUGUGGAAUGGCUGUAACACCAACAUAUAAUGCUCACUUUGGACAAGGAACAGGAUCAAUUUCAAUGGCUUAUGUACGCUGCCGUGGAUCAGAGACUUCACUGAAAGACUGUAAAUCAAACAGGUAUACAGGUUUCUGUAAUCAUGCUGAAGAUGCUGGUGUGAUCUGUUCAGGACAAGGACUUCGGCUUGUGAAUGAGUUUCAUCUGUGCUCUGGGAGAUUAGAAGUGAUGUUUGGCAACACCUGGGGUUCAGUGUGUGACGCUGCCUUUGACCAGCAGGAUGCAGAGGUUGUGUGCAGACAGUUGGGCUGUGGGUCUCCUGUACAGGUGCUGAGAGCUGCUGCUUUUGGCAAAGGGAAAGAUCAUGUUUGGUCAGAGGAGAUUCAGUGUAGUGGAAAUGAGUCUCAGAUUCACACCUGUCCAAAGUCCUCAACACAGAAGCGAGGCUGUUCCCAUGACAAUGAUGUUGGAGUGAUCUGUUCUGGUUACACAGAUCUCCGACUGGUCAAUGGUUCAGACUCUUGUUCUGGAAGAGUGGAGCUUCAGUAUUUCAGUGAAUGGGGCACAGUGUGUGAUGCAUGCUGGGAUAUGAGAGCUGCCAGUGUCCUCUGUAAACAGCUGAAUUGUGGGAUUGCUGUGUCUGUUGUGGGAUCAGACUGGUUUGGAGAGGGAAGUGGUGAAAUCUGGGCUGAUGUGUUUGAUUGUGACGGGAAUGAAACAAAAAUCUCAGAAUGUUCAAUCUCUUCAUGGAGUCGAGCUGAACGCUCUCAUAGACGAGAUGUUGGAGUCAUCUGCUCUAACAGUAAAGCUCAUCUGAGGAACUGCAGCUCUCCACAAACUCUCAACUGCAGCUCCACACAACAGCUGUCAAUCUCAAACUUUGUAUCAGGCCGUGGGUCCAUCAGGCUGGUGGGUUCUGGGGGAGACUGUGCAGGGAGGCUGGAGGUUUUUCACAGCGGCUCAUGGGGGACAGUGUGUGACGACUCCUGGGAUAUUAAAGAUGCCCAUGUGGUGUGCAGACAGCUGCAGUGUGGAGUGGCCCUCAGUAACCAGCAGGUACCAGCCUGGUUUGGUCCUGGUUCUGGACCCAUAUGGCUGGAUGAGGUGGAGUGUGAGGGGAAUGAGACGUCCCUGUGGAGCUGCUCUUCUCCAGGCUGGGGAAAACAUGACUGUAAACACAAGGAGGAUGUAGGAGUCAUCUGCUCUGAGUAUAAAGAGAUCAGGUUAACUGAAGGUUGUGAAGGGAAUCUGGAGGUUUUCUACAAUGGAUCCUGGGGAAAUGUGUGUUACAACAAGAUGGACAGAGACACAGCAAGUCUGAUCUGUCAAGAGCUGAACUGUGGAAGAUCUGGCAGUGAACCCAGUAAUUCAAAAGGACUAAAGUCUCAUAAUUGGCUCGAUAAACUUAAAUGUCGAAGAUAUGAUUCCACGUUAUGGCAGUGUCCAUCUGCAGCCUGGGGACAGAAUGACUGUGAUAAUGAAGUGGCUAAGAUCACCUGCUCAGAGAAAGUGUUCAACAGAUCAGUGAAGUUGAUGUGUGUUUCAGCUCAUGUUCCUCUCAGACUGCGUGGAGGGGACGGCCGGUGCUCUGGGAGGCUGGAGGUGUAUCAUAACGCUGUGUGGGGCUCAGUCUGUGAUGAUCUCUGGGACAUCAGCGAUGCUCAGGUGGUCUGCGGACAGCUGGGGUGUGGAGCAGCACUGAGGGCUGAUGGGAAUUCAGCCUUUGGUGCUGGUGAAGGUGUUGUGUGGCUGAACAGAGUCCAGUGCAAAGGGAAUGAGCUUCACCUGUGGGACUGUCCUCUCUCCCUGAAGAAGCACACUAACUGCUCCCACAAAGAGCACGCUGGACUCACCUGUGCAGACUUGCCGGAUAUAUCAGUGUCCACUACUCCUGCCACAUCAGCAUCAUCUUCUGCUGCAGUUUCUCAGACAGUGAGCUCAACAUCAGUCUCUCCUCCACAAACUGGUCGAGAAAGUCUCCCAGUCCCCCCAGUGCUGCUGAUUGUUCUGGGAGUUGUGCUCUUACUGCUCUUAGUGCCGCUGCUUAUAGUGAUUAAGCAGAACAGAGUGAUGAGGAGAGCUCUCUCUAAGAGGAGACACAGGACCACCACUGAGGCCGUUUAUGAGGAGAUUCAGCACAAACACAAACACUUUACUCACAGGGAGAGUCUCAUCUCUGAAGAACUGCAUUCUGGGUAUGAAGACGCUGAUGAUCUUCUCUCAGAAAAAGAGUUCAGAACAGCAUAUUAUGAUGAUGUCACCAGCAACAGUGGCCUAAAAGAAGAGAAGAUGAAGGAAAAUACACUGGGAUACUAUGAUGAUGUCAUCACUGAUGGACUGAAGCCAGAUUAUGAGACAGAAAACACACCUGAGAGCUAUGAUGAUGUCAUGACCAGUGAACAGAGCUCUAUUACGAAAGUGAACACAGCAGAGAGUUAUGAUGAUGUCAUCAUUAAUGGACAGAGGGAAACAGAGGGAGAUCAGGAGGAAUAUGAUGAUGUGAGUGAAGAUGUGACAAACCUGCUGGAUUAUGAUGAUGUGGACGAGGAGUUAAAUGAAGAGGGAGAGACAUUUGGGUCAACAAUCAAACCCAGUUAUUUGCUUCAACAGAUUUGAUCACUGAGAACUCAAGAGUGAUAUUGUAACUGAUAUCUCUGAUAUAUCUUUUAUAAUAAUUUUAUGAUUAUUUUAUGAUAAAAAAGUUAUUAAAGUUAUAUAUUUGAUGUGAUUUUUUUAUUCAGCUUUGUUCAUUGCAAUAAAAAUCUUGUUUAG